CCCAGAGCAGCAGUGCUUCUCUCUGCACAAAACAAGCUUCAGGGCAAUGGAUACAUUGAAUAAAGCAAACACAAGCUUUGCCCUUGACUUUUUCAAACACCAAUGUCAGGAAAAUGGUGACAAGAAUAUUUUUUUCUCUCCUUGGAGUAUUUCAUCUGCCCUGGCUACUGUGUAUUUGGGAGCCAAAGGCAACACUGCAGAUCAGAUGGCAAAGGUACUUCACUUUAACAAAGCUGAAGGAGUCAAAAAUGUCACCACAACCAUAAGGAUGCAAGUCUAUUCCAGAACAGAAGAGAGUCUAUCAAAUCGACGUGCAUGUUUCCAGAAGACAGAGAUUGGCAAAUCAGAUAAUAUCCAUAGUGGAUUUAAAGCACUCAGCUUUGAAAUCAACCAACCCACUAAAAAUUACCUACUCAAAAGUGUCAACCAGUUAUAUGGAGAAAAAUCAUUGCCUUUCAGUAAGGAUUACUUAUUGUUAGCCAAGAAAUAUUACAGUGCAGAGCCACAAUCAGUCGACUUUGUGGGAGCCGCAGAUGCAAUCAGGAGAGAGAUCAAUUCCAGUGUUGAACAACAGACUGAAGGUAAAAUCCAAAAUCUGCUGCCUUCUGGAUCUGUAGAUUCACUCACCAGACUAGUCCUGAUAAAUGCACUCUACUUCAAAGGAAACUGGGCAACAAAGUUUGAAGCUGAAGCCACCAGGCAAAGGCCUUUCAGAAUAAACAUGCAUAAAACUAAACCAGUGCCUAUGAUGUACCUGAGGGAUAAAUUUAACUUAAACUACAUAGAAUCAGUUCAGGCUGAUGUUCUUGAGCUUCCAUACGUCAAUAAUGACCUCAGCAUGUUUAUCCUGCUACCAAGUGACAUCUCCGGCUUGCAAAAGCUAGAAAGAGAAUUGACUUUUGAAAACUUGUCUGCAUGGACCAAUCCAGAACUAAUGGAGAAAUUGAACAUAGAAGUUUAUCUGCCCAGGUUCACGUUAGAAGAGAAAUAUGACCUCAAAUCUACUUUGAGCAGGAUGGGGAUACAAGAUGCCUUCACAGAAGGUCAAGCUGAUUUCACAGCAAUGUCCAAGACUGGUGAUCUGUUUUUGUCACAAGUUUUUCACAAGUGCUACCUGGAAGUCAAUGAAGAAGGCACAGAGGCAGCAGCUGCCAGUUCGGCAACACUGGCAUCACGAAGUCUUGGUGCUACUGUUAUCUUUUUGGCAGAUCACCCUUUCCUCUUCUUUAUAAGGCACAACAAGACCAAGACUAUCCUGUUCUUGGGAAGGUUUUCUUCCCCUUAGAAACUCGAUU